UGAACACCGAAGUGAAGAAAUAUACGGUAAAAGUUGACGCAGUGACUUUAGCCGUCGGUCAAGACAAGGAGAGCUACGACGUCCUUCUUUCAGAAAAUGUCAGCCUUGACAAGCGGGGCGGUGCUUUAAACCAGAAGCAAAGUCUUCUGAUCCACGGCUCUCCAGCGACCCCCAGGCCUCUUCACAGAAAUGGGACCUCUCCCCUUUCACAUUUCCCCAAUCCCCUUCCUUCUCUUGGUCCUCCUACUGUCCGACCCUUGCACCUCCGCCAGGCCCACCGUUGUUGAGCGGGCGUCCGCCUCUCAGCUGACCGAGCCCUCUGGUAACGUCUCAGGGAGCGGCAAGCGGGCUUGUGCAGGCCACGUUGUGUGUAAACCGGGCAUACUUCUACCUGUGUGGUUGCCCCUCAACCCUCCACAGGGUGAGCGAGCAGGAAGGGCUGUCAUCUACUUCCUGUGUCUCAUGUACAUAUUCAUGGGAGUAUCCAUCAUUGCAGACCGUUUUAUGGCAUCCAUCGAAGUCAUAACCUCUCAGGUUAAACAGGUGACCAUCACCAAACCCAGCGGAGAGACAACAGUAACUACGGUGCGAAUCUGGAAUGAAACUGUUUCCAACCUCACACUCAUGGCACUGGGCUCUUCUGCGCCCGAAAUCCUGCUUUCUGUCAUUGAGGUAUGCGGGCAUAACUUCCAUGCGGGGGAGCUAGGUCCGAGCACUAUUGUGGGCAGUGCUGCCUUCAAUAUGUUUGUCAUUAUCGGUAUUUGUGUGUGGGUGAUCCCCAAUGGAGAGUCUCGCAAGAUCAAACACCUGCGAGUAUUCUUUAUUACAUCGUUCUGGAGUAUCUUUGCCUAUAUUUGGCUGUACCUUAUACUUGCUGUGAUAUCGCCUGGAGUUGUAGAGGUGUGGGAAGCUGUGGUAACUCUGCUGUACUUUCCUGUGUGCGUUCUACUGGCUUGGAUUGCUGACCGUCGCCUGCUCUUCUACAAGUACAUGCAUAAACGUUACCGUGCUGACAAAAGACACGGCAUUGUGGUGGAAAUGGAAGGAGACCCUGAACCCAAAGGCAAUGAUGUUAUCAUGGAUGGAAAGAACUCUGAUGACAUUUUGUGCCCUGCAAACCCCUCGAGUGUGACAGUGUCUGUACAAACAGCAAGUGAGAUUGACCAGAACCAAGAUGAGGUGGUCCGUAUCCUGAAAGACCUGAAGGAGAAACACCCAGACAAAAACCUUGACCAGCUUAUUGAAAUGGCCAACUACUCUGCGUUAGUUCAUCAGAAGAAAAGUCGAGCUUUUUACCGCAUCCAGGCCACACGCUUGUUAAUCGGUGCUGGAAACUUACUGAGGAAACACGCUGCUGAACACUCACGCCGCACAGGUGCCGCAAGUCAGGAAGAUGACAAACUCACAUGCUCUCAUGUUUGCUUUGAAAGUGGUCAGUAUCAGUGCACAGAGAACUGUGGGACUUUGAGUCUCUGGGUGGUUCUUGAUGGGGGCACUGGCCAGAACACUUUCUAUGUGGACUACUGCACGGAAAACGGUUCUGCCAAUGCUGGAGCGGACUAUGAAUUCAGUGAAGGAACCCUAAUAUUUAAGCCUGGGGAUACACGGAAAGAGAUAAUGGUGAAAAUUCUGGAUGACGACAUCUUUGAAGAGGACGAACAUUUCUUUGUUCGUCUUCAAAAUCUGAGGUUAGAGGAGGGCGGAGAUGAAGGGACAGAAUGUUCCCCCAAGGGAAGGCUGGUGGAGCCGCUGGUUGCCACUGUCACCAUCUUGGAUGAUGACCAUGCUGGCAUCUUCACCUUUGGUCAGGGGGUUCUGCGAGUGAGUGAGAGCACAGGAACGUUGACGUUGUCGGUGGUCAGGAAUUCAGGCUCUAGGGGUACCGUUUCUGUACCGUAUCACACAGAGGAUGGCAGUGCCAAAGCUGGAGUGGACUACGAAGAGGCCAGAGGGGAGCUGGAAUUUACCAAUGAACAGACAAGUCAGACCUUAAAAGUUCACAUUGUAAACGUGGAGGAGUAUGAAAAACAAGAAAGGUUCUUCAUUGUGCUUGAGGAGCCGAAAUGGCUAAAGCGAGGACUUUCUGGCUUUCCCACCCCUGAGGAGGAAGAGGCCAGGAGAAUCUCUGAAAUGGGAAAGCCCAUUCUAGGAGAGCACAGCAGGAUUGAGAUCAUUAUAGAAGAGUCCUGUGAGUUUAAGACUCCCAAUGGAGUGCUCGAUCAGAUGACUGUGGAUAAACUCAUAAAGGACACAAAUCUGGCUGUUGUGAUUGGCUCCCAUUCAUGGAGGGAGCAGUUCAUUGAAGCAGUGACCGUCAGUGCAGGCGAUAGAGACGACGAGGGACAAGAUCAGCCAGUGCCGAACUGCUUUGACUAUUUUAUGCACAUGUUGUGCAUUUUUUGGAAGAUUGUGUUUGCUUUUGUCCCGCCAACUGAAUAUUGGAAUGGGUGGGCCUGCUUUAUCGUGUCCAUAUCAGUCAUUGGUUUCUUAACAGCCAUCAUUGGAGACCUUGCUUCACAUUUUGGCUGCACAGUCGGCCUAAGAGACUCUGUAACUGCAGUCGUUUUUGUCGCUCUGGGGACUUCUCUUCCUGAUACAUUUGCCAGUAAAGUUGCUGCAACCCAGGACCAAUACGCAGACGCAUGCGUGGGGAAUGUGACUGGAAGCAAUGCAGUGAAUGUGUUCUUGGGAAUUGGUUUAGCUUGGUCUGUGGCAGCCGUCUAUUGGACAGCCAAGGGUCAGGUUUUCAAAGUGGACCCUGGUUCUCUGGCCUUCUCUGUCACGCUCUUCACCAUUUUUGCCUUCUUCGCAAUGGGAGUGUUGAUGCUACGCCGGAGGCCGUCCGUAGGUGGAGAACUGGGAGGCCCACGGAUCCCCAAAAUUGUGACGUCAAUGUUUUUGUUCGGACUGUGGUUCCUUUACAUCCUCUUCUCUAGCUUGGAGGCCUAUUGCCAUAUUCAAGGCUUCUAAGAGAGCAUAGUUGGAGACAAUAUUUGCACAAAUGUAUAACAUAUUCUCUUGAAAAAAGAGGAGACUCACUUGGAAAAAACCCACUAUCACCUGACAAACUGCUGCCAUGGUACAAAAAACACUUGAAUGGGACUCAGUCAUGGUAUAGAUCACCUUGACUAAAGAGCAUACAGUGUUACUAAAAAGAUGGGAACAUAAUGAAUGUCUUUUAUCUAAGAUUUCAUGCGAGGUUGAUGUUUUUUCGUCAUGAUUAUUGAAUCUAUUCACCCACUUUUUUCUUUUUUUUUUUUCUUUAGAAAUUAUUGAGACAAAUGUGUAUGUAAUGCCUCUACUAUGCAAUGUAUUUGAUUUAUUUUUAUCGUGACCUUCUGUAUUGGUUUGUUAUUCUCAAAAUAACAAACCAAUACAGUAUAUAUACCAGUUCAUGUAUAGUGGAACCUUUUCAAGUCGGACCCGUUUAUGUCGACAAUUCGUCAAAGUCGACAAGUCAUAGUCUAGUCGCGUUCUUCUUAUUAGUCAAUGUCGACAUACGGUUAUUGUCAACAUAAAAUUUCAUUUCUAUGAAAUAUUGGUCAGAGUAUGUCAAGAUUUAUUGUUUUUAGGCCAUUUUGAAAACUUAAUCUUUAUUAAGAUCAUGUUUUUCCAAAAGCUGAUUUUUGUUGUGGGCCAUGCCACCAAAUCAAUGCCGUUUGCUUGUUGAGAUUCUCUCAAAAUGAACUAAAAUAUUUUAUCAACUAUAUUAAAAAUUUAAUAAUACACAAAUUGAACUCUUCAAAAUGUAUAUGGGCCCAUCACAGGUACUGUAACUUUACAGUAUUUCAUAUUUGACAAGUUUCCUAAGUUGGAUAGGAUAUGAUAGACUUUUAUUUAUCCCACAGUGGGGAAGAUAUGUGGUUUCAGCAGAGAUUCAAAAAGGUAUUUAAUGUAGCGCAAAAGUCACAAAAGUGCCACCCCUCAAUGUGCAGUCCCAAAAGGGUUUAAACCAAAAGUUAAAAACAUAUAAAAACAAGACGGAAGCUUUAAAGAACACAAAAGAGGACAUAAAAAAGUAAAAAGCUGCCACUUCAGCUGCGCCAUGUUUACAUCCAGCAACAAAAGUAAACCGCAAUGAAAAACUAAAAAUGAGUAAUAAGUAAAACAUAUUGCACACAUACGAUUGCACCAUGCAUACAUAAAUAAUUAAACAAAACCACAAUCUUAACACCCAUACACACUGUGUUGGUGUAAAGUAACAGGACUCAGAUUAGGCUAAAAUUAUACUCCUCCAUCCCAGUCAUAGAUUAAGUCCUAAAAUUAAUUGAGUACUUUUGAUAUUCUAUAGGCUGUGACUUGUAGAAUAUUUAAUUUUUUCAGAUGGGUAAUGUGUUAGCGUAACAGGAGUGAGUGAAAACCCAGGAACAUGACAAAAGUGUGAAUUUUAACUUAAUUGUUUUUGUUAAAAAAAAAUACUUGGAAAAAAGAGUGACAUAUUUGUAAAAACAAUACACUAUCUGAAGGAUUUAAAUGAUUAUAUUUCAUGGUUAAGUCUCAUUUUAGGAAGCAAAAAAUGCUUGGCACUCAGCAUCAAGGGUUGGAAUUGGGGGUUAAAUCACCAAAAAUGAUUCCUGGGCGUGGCACCGCUGCUGCCCACUGCUCCCCUCACCUCCCAGGGUGUGAUCAAGGGGAUGGGUCAAAUGCAGAGGACAAAUUUCACCACACCUAGUGUGUGUGUGACAAUCAUUGGUACUUUAACUUUAACUUAACUUAAGUUAAUAAACAUUAUUUUUCCAGUGUUUAAUUGAGUUUAAAUUAAUCAUUCUAAUUGCAUUUAUUACCCGUGCAAUGCAGGAGGCUAUGUGAUCGCUGGGGUGGGUCUGUCAGUUAAUUAUCAAGAUAGCACAAAAGGUUAUGGGUGGAUUUUUUAAGGACAUUUUCAGGAAAUGUCCGAAAUGGCACAAUGAUUAGAUUUUGGGGGUCAUCCGAUUCAUUUCUACUACUGUACAUUACUUUACGUUCGUGUUACGAUCCUUAACUUCUCUUGUGUGUGUGUAUGCUAGUGCCCCUCUUUUUUGUCUUUUGUCUCUAGCCAAAGUCACAAUAAACACGCAAGAAACGUUGGCUGAUUUUGGUUACAACGACAUCUGCUUAUGUCGACAACUGCUUAUGUCGACCUAAACGGAUUCCACUGUAUGAUGAUAUGGAAGAGUAUGCAGAAACUGUACUGUCAUAGUUACCUUCAGCUCUGUCCUGUUAGAAUCAGACGUCAUGAGAGGGAAAAGCGGUAGAAAAUGGAUGGAUGAAUAGAGAUAAACUUCUUGUUUAAUAUAUUGCAGAAAUCACGAUCCAUUUCUAUUUGUUUCAAGUAUUAUUCUGCACCAAAAUGUGUCCAAUCUUAUUGUAAUGAACAUUAAUGAAUGUACUACAUGAAUCAAUAAUUACACAGGCAAUACAUUUAUUGGUAUCUAUUCGACACAUUGUACCUUUGAACUGCCAUGUGGUUUUACUGUGUUUAAAAUGAUCAUCCAUUCCUUUAUCUGUUUUUUAUAACAUUGGAAUUGAAUGUACAGUGUUUGUAAUUAUUGUAAAUGACCUAAU